AUGAACAAAGUUUUGAAAUCUCAUAAACACAACAUCUCCGAUAUAAAUGAACUUCAAGCUACAUUAAAUAGUAAAGCUGACAAGAACCAUACACAUGAAUCCUUCACUACUGUUAGAGCAGACGACAUAAUAUUGAACUAUACCCUUGGUUCAAGUGCACCUUUAGAGAAUCCAAGUACAAGCGUAAAAGAUACACUAAACUCCUUAAAUAGUAAAUGUAUGAACAUUGAAGGUCAUGUCAGAAACUUUGAAACAUAUGAACUACCAGCAAUGUUAGAUAAGAAAGCAGACAAAGAACAUACACAUAACUCCUUCUCAACUGUUGCUAUAGAAAGUAUUGAAGGAACGGUUGACGGAACUGAUGGGGAUGCAUUAUAUUGUAAACCUCCUAACUUUCCACAAGGUUUAACAUCGAAUGAAAACAUAACAACGAAGAAAAAAAUUAGCUGUAAAAAUGUUUAUGUCAUGGGUGAUGAAAAUAAUGUUAAAUUCACUGCUCAAGAUUUAUAUGAUAAGAAAGCAGACAAAACAGAGCUUCAAACAUUAAAGACUGAAAUACUUCAAACAUUAUAUCCUGUUGGUUCUAUUUAUACGUCAAUGAACUCAACAAAUCCAGAAACAGUUCUGGGUUUUGGUACGUGGAAGCAGAUUGUAGAUAAAUUCUUAUACUGUGCUAACUCUUCAAAGCAAACAGGAGGUUCGAAGAAAAUUAAAGAAGCAAACCUUCCACCGCACACUCAUACAGGAACUACAAACACAACAGGUAAUCAUUCACAUUCAAUAACAAAAAGAGGUUAUACAAAUCUUGCAGCAGGUUCGGAUAGACAGGGAAUGCAUAGAUAUGAUAUUUCAAGUGACCCAGUAGAUUCAAGCGCAGGUAUUUUCUGUGGAACCACAGGAAAUCAUUCACACACUUUCACAACAAAUCCAACAGGCUCGGGUGAAGAUUAUAUGCCACCAUUUGUGACUAUAUUCGCAUGGUACCGCGUUCAAUGA